CCAAUCGGUUCUUCAAAUCAUCUACCUAAAUCUUUUCACCUUUUUUUUUCCAACCGACUCCAUCAACUUUCCCAGAGGGCUCCAUUCUUCUCCGUUCAUCAAUCUGAGCAAUAUCCGGCCCCGCAUUACCUACAGGAUCACCGUUCCGUCGGGUGCAACCAAUACUACACAUCGAUUUCGGUCCGCCCAAUUCCGAUGUCUUCCUAUAGCGAACACUCGUGCUCAAGUUGCAACUCGGAUGCCGAGUCGGUAUCUUCUUCAGUCCUCUACGUCGAGCAGGAACCAUUCGACACAUUUAAAAAUCGAGUCCUUGACUUGGCUCUUCACAAAAUCUGGCCCGAUGCGACAGCGGAUGAGAUCAUCAUAGAGCGUAUGCUCGGAGGUGGAUUUAACCGCAUCAUUGGCCUGUCUCGGCAUACAGCUCAACAACCCGACAAUGAUGUCCAAUACAUUCUGCGCAUUCCCCGCGAGAGAGAUGAGCCAUUAGACAGCCAAGUUGAUACUCUACGAUAUUUACAUGAACGUUACAACAUUCCGGCCCCAAAGGUCAUCAGCUUCGACCACACAGACGACAAUGAGCUCAAUUCUAGAUACAUGAUCCAGAAUCGCAUCACCGGAGAAACCCUGUUAUCAUCUUAUCCAAGCCUUACCCAUGAAGAGCGAUGCAGGGUCGCAUGGGAACUUGGUCAUGUUUAUUCUGAACUAUUAUCCACUAAGAGUGCAACAUCCACCAUUUUGGUGCCGCCUGAAGAAGAAGAUAUUCGAGAUCCUCCUAUACCCCAAGAUAUCGGUAAGAUGCUUCUCGAUAUCUUCCAGAGUCAGAAGGCUGCCGAGUUAGAAGCCCGGCCGCGUUCCAUCAUCAGACCCGAGCUUCUUGAUCAGUUCUGCAAGAUGACCUCUGGUUUAGCCAAGGAUGGUUGGUUUGAGGACUGUCACAUCUCUUUAGCACACCUAGACAUGGAGCCGCGCAACAUACUGGUGAAUCCAACGUCUGAUACUGAACUACCGAUCAUCUCCGCAAUUCUAGAUUGGGACAGCGCCAUCUUCGCUCCUCAAUUCAUGUGCUGCACGCCGCCACUAUGGCUAUGGGCAUGGUCAGAUUACGAAGAGCAGGACGAGCGUACAGUAAAUGACAUACCACCCACACCAGAAGGACGCCAGUUGAAACAGCUCUUUGAGGAGGCAGCCGGUAAAGAAUAUAUUCGGUUUGCUUGUCAACCGAUUUAUCGGUUUGCGAGACAGCUUGUUCGCUUCGCCGUCCAGGGUUUAUUAUCCAAUGAAGACUACAAUGAAGCCAGAAAUAUGCUGCGAGAGUGGGAGGACUUCUGUGAUGAAACUUGUUCUGAUGAACCAAGCAAUGUUUUCGAUGAAUCAAGCAAUGAUUCCGAUGAAUCAAGCAAUGAUUCCGAUGGUGAGGAGGACGAAGAUUCGGACACAGAAGAGGAGACCACUAUAGAACAGUAUGUGCCGAUUGUCACCAAGGCAGCUGAGAGUUACACUAUAGAACAGUAUGUGCCGAUUGUCACCAAGGCAGCUGAGAGUUACACUAUGCAAGACUAUGGUACUACUACUUGGUCUGCUGAGGAUGCCACUAUACGGCAAGAUGAGAACACCACGGCUUGGCAACAUUAGAAUAUUCUCGUCCGUUAGUUUAAGUAUUUCUGUUUAGGAAGAUGAGUAU